GGUUUCGUUUUAACCACGGAGUGAUCGGUCUUCAUACUAAACGAUCUUUAGCGGCUAGGAAACGGUGGCGGGGAAAGUUUUCCUUCCGCCUUCUUUGUUGUCCCUUUAUUACUGUACCUGCACACUACUAGAUAUUAUAUAAAUAAACCACCAUGAGGCGGACAAGAAGCUCGAAGAAUACAAGUCAGAAGAGUGAACAAGAAACUGAAGAAGUCCCGUCAAAGACAGUGUGGCAGUGGAAAGGAGAUGAAGGACAGUGGGAACCAUACUUGCCUUCAGCCUGCGCCUUGUUGGACUCAGCCGUCUCUUCAGGAGAAACCUCGGUCACUCUGCCUCUGGGCUCUGGGACGCCCUACCAAGUCGACCUGAAGAAGAUGGUCCAGAUUAAUCCUGUCACCAAGUACAAGAGGAAGAUUCGCUCUCAGAUGGUAAAACCAGAAAGUUUGAAUGAGGCUGGUGACUUGAAAGCUAAAAAUGGGAGUCCAGUUCAAGUUAAAGAGGAAGAGGAGGAGACGGAAAAGGAGCCUGCAGCCAAGAAGAAGAGAGGGCAGAGCAGUAGUAAGACAAAAACUGAAAAAAUGCCCAAAGAAGAAAUAAAAACUGAAGAGGUUGUGAGGACGGUGGUCAUGAAGGGAAAAGCUCCACUGGACUCUGAAUGUAAAGCCAAGCUGGGAAAGGCUCAUGUUUACAGUGAAGGAAAAGAUGUUUACGACGUGAUGCUAAAUCAGACAAAUCUUCAGUUUAACAACAACAAAUACUACUUGAUCCAGUUGUUGGAAGACGACAACUCCAAGGCGUACAGUGUGUGGUUGAGAUGGGGCAGAGUGGGAAAAGUGGGUCAGCACAGUCUGACAGCCUGUGGUGGAGACCUGCUGAAAGCCAAAAAUAUCUUCAACACAAAGUUUUUAGACAAGACCAAGAAUGAGUGGGGAGACCGAGCGAGUUUUGAGAAAGUAGAUGGAAAAUACGACAUGGUGUUCAUGGACUACAGCACCGAUGAAAAGGAGGAGAGCCAGAACACAGUGGAUGCUGCACCCAAAAAGAGGACCUCUAGCCUGGAUGUGAAGGUCCAGUCGCUCCUGGAGCUAAUCUGUGACGUCAAAGCCAUGGAGGAGUGCGUGCUGGAGAUGAAGUUUGACAUCCAGAAAGCUCCUCUCGGCAAGCUGACCUCGGAGCAGAUCCGUGCAGGCUACACGGCGCUGAAGAAAAUCGAGGAGUGUUUGAAGAAGAAGGGCAGCAAUCGUGAGCUGCUGGAAGCAUGCAACCAGUUCUACACCCGCAUCCCUCAUGACUUUGGGUUGAAAAGUCCUCCAAUCAUUCGAACAGAAGAUGAGCUGAAGGAAAAAAUCUCACUGUUGGAGGCUCUGAGUGACAUUCAGAUAGCAGUGAAAAUGGUUCAGUCCAGUAAAGACAGUGACGAACAUCCUCUGGACCGACAUUACAGCUCCCUCCAGUGCCAACUGCAGUCGCUGGACUCCAGCAGCAACGAAUACACAGUGGUAGAAAAGUAUCUACAGUCCACUCACGCCUCCACCCAUCGUGACUACACCAUGACGGUCCUUGACAUCUUCUCAGUGGACAGAGACAGAGAGAGGAACAACUUCCUCUCACAGAUUAACAACAGGACUCUGUUGUGGCACGGUUCCCGCAUGACUAACUGGGUCGGCAUCCUCAGUCAGGGGCUCCGAGUGGCCCCACCUGAAGCUCCCAUCACUGGUUACAUGUUUGGAAAAGGUAUCUACUUUGCUGACAUGUCAUCAAAGAGUGCCAACUACUGCUUUGCCGGCCAGAACAACAACGUGGGACUGCUGCUGCUGUGUGAGGUCGCUCUGGGAGACAGUAACGAGCUGCUGGAUGCCGACUACGAGGCCAAGAAUAUGCCUGCUGGAAAACACAGCACCAAGGGUCUGGGACAGACCGGACCUGACCCCAAAAACUCUGUCGAUCUGGACGGUGUGACCGUGCCUAUGGGGCCGGGGGUGAAGACGGGGGUGGGUAAAAAGAGCUGUUACUCCCUCCUGUACAACGAAUUCAUCGUUUACAACCCCGCCCAGACUCGCAUGAGGUACCUGCUGCGGAUCAAGUUCAACUACUCGUCACUGUGGUGAGGCCGAGCAAAACAGUAUGAAUGAGUGAAAUCUGGAGAUUUCGGGCGUUUUGCUCUCCACAAAGCCGGGAUGAUAUAUCACCUAGUCAUUCUUCAUGUACAGUUAGAUUCUGGUUCUUGGGGAUAGGAUGUUAAAACUGAACAUACUGCUGUUAUUGGGUGGAUUACAGGAAUGCUAAAUUUCUCAGUGAUGUAGAGCUGCAACAAUUACUCGAUUAAUUGGCAACUAUUCUGAUAAUAUAUAUUCUGAUAAUCAGUUUGUUUUAGUCAUUUUUAAAGCAAACAUGCCAACAGUUAUUUGCUGCUUGUCUUUGUUAUAUUUGAUAUAUUUGGGUUUUGAACUGUUGGUCAAAGAAAGCCUCAUUUUAGGCUGUGGAAGAUUUUAGCUCACAUUUUUCACAUUUUUCUGAUAUUUUAUAGACAAAACAAUGAAUGGAUUAAUUGAGGAAAUAAUCAGAUUAAUUAAUUGUAAGUAGGGCUGGGUGAUAUGGCCAAAAUCUUCCAUCUCCAUAUAGGUAAUUUCAUAUCUCAAUAACGAUAUAGAUCACACUAUAGCAAGUUUUCUGGUAAUUCAAUAAAUAAAUAGUCUGUAUGAAAUAAAUACACAGUAAAGCCUAUUAUUGUAUAAUCCUGUGUGAAUUAAAUACUUGACAAA